AUGACCAGGGGGAGAGGCUCUCCGACGAUGACGACUAAGACCAUCCAUGGGAACUCGCAAUUCCAGAAGCCCCGUUCUCUACGCUGGACGUGGGAGUCACCCAGUGGAGGGUACCGUAAUGAAAUAGACCACAUCAUCGUCAAGAAAAGGUUCUACCUGACGGACGUCGCUGUUGUACCAAAGUUCUAUACGGGAUCGGACCAUCGCCUCCUCCGAGGAGGAUUUUCCUUUACUAGGAGAGCAGAGAAAGCCGCCAAGUUCAGAGAGAGAAAUCCUAGGACUAUCAUCAACUGGGAUGUCUUCGCUACGCUAGCCGGCUUUUGGGAAGAUUCCGCACUGGACAACAUCGACGAGGAAUAUGACCGGUUUGUUGAACACCUUCACGACUGCGCGAAGAAGGCUGAGAGUUUCAAUACUACCAAAAGACGCCUGUCUCUUCAAUCUCUUGAGCUGAUACGCCAGCGUGGAGCAGCACGAGCUGCAGGGAACCAGGAACUCACGUCCGAGCUUGCUGGGCUUUGCAAAGAGGCCAUAAAGGAAGACCUUAGAGGGAGAGAAGAGCAGAAGUGCUGGCUGAAGCUGCAGAGGCGGGAAAAAGCAUCCGCUACGCUACUCUAA